CCAUUUCAGAGUCAAAUGUCUGUGCUUCAGGCUCUGCCCUAAUGUUUUACUAAUUCUUGGAGUGCCAGUGUGGAGCCUACCUCUAGAGUGGGUAUAUGUUGUCUCCGUGGACAGAAGUCUGUGACCUGGAGCUUGGCCACGAGCCAGCCUCUGCCACAGAAUGGGGUGACUGAGCCUUUCCAUCAUGCUGCCCUGGUCACUCUGAGUGUGGGGGGUUGCUCCCUCCAUACUCUUCUGCCAUCUCCUGUCUUCUCCAGCACCCAUGCAGCAGUGUGUGGAGGACGGCCAGAUCUGCCCCUCCCUGGCCGGGUUCCAGUUCACGAAAUGGGACAGUGAGACACAUAAUGAGUCUGUCUCUGCCCUGGUAGACAAGUUCAAGAAAAACGAGCAGGUGUUUGACGUCAACGCCGAGGUAGAGGAGAGUGACUGUGAGGACUUCCCUGAUGGGCCCGUGGAGGACGACUUUGAUGCGAACGAUGAACCUGAGCACAGUGUCGCCGGGGAUCACACUGAAUUCAGGAGCUGGAAGGAGCCCUGCCACGCUCAAAGCUGCCCGUAAGGUUCUCAGGG